UCGAACUUAUUUCUCGAAAACAGUGGUCCUUCACGUUUGACGGACUGCCUCUUGAGCUGGUGGAGGCAACCAUGGCUGUCAUUCUAGGAGAGUUUGUCAUGUUCUGCCCCCUCCGCCACAUCUUCUUAUCUCUGGCGCUGCGAUUGACAGCGUUCUCCUACAUCCCUCCUUUCUCUCCGGGACGGACGCUUCUUGGUGUCUACUGAACGCAGCAGCUACCAUACGGCCGGGAGUUUCUUCACCCUGAAGAUGGAUUGCGACGUGUGCAUGCAGACUUUCAACGAUGCAGAACAUCGCCCCAAGUUCCUUCCCUGCGGCCACACGUACUGCCUGUCUUGCCUGAUGCAGCUGCCGGCCAAGCAGUGCCCCGUCGACCAGAAGGUGUUCCAGUUGGACAAUUUGAUCGACAACUACAAGUUGCUCAACGCGCCGCUCAAGCCCCCACGCUUCUGGUGCAUCCCCUGCGAGAAGGCCGCGACCGAGGAAUGCCUGGACUCGCACACUGUGCACAGCCUCAAGCUGCAGCGCACCAAGGCGUCAGGGCCGCUCCUGGAGGCGCUCCGGCAGGGCGAGGCGGGCUUGUUGGGGCUGGCCGGGGUCCUGGACAAGGCGGCCGUGGCCAGGCAGGCGGACGACUGCGGCGACUGGCUGGAGAGGCACCAUGUUGACCUGGUCGCAGCGAGGAACCGCCUGGAGGACGCGCUGGAGGCGGACACGGCGGCAUGGGAGCAGGCCCAUCGGACCGUGUUGCAGAUCGAACUGCCCAGGACGGCGGCCCAGCUGACGGCCGACCUGUCCAGCCCUUCUUCCUCGUGCUCUGUGACGGUGCGGCGCGCUGCUGGGGGGCCAGUGGCGUGGAUCGGCGGGAUGCGGCCCGCGGAGGACGCGGCGGCCAGGCUGCUGCUGUGCCGACUGGCUUGCAGUGGAGGGCUGCGCGCGCCGGAGCAGCAACCUGGGCGGCAGCAAGAAAAGGGCGAUAUCGCCCUAGUCUGGGAGGAUCGCUCCAACCAGGCGGAGGUGGUCGAAGCGAACGCAGCCAAACAGGUGACCAUGAGCGUGGGCAGCAGGGUGGCGCGCGGACGGGGCUGGAAGGACGGGGACCAAGACGACGGCACGCCCCCCGGACCCGGCACUGUUAUAGCGUUCGGACAUAUACUGGCGAACGGUGGGCAAUGGGGUGAUGGAGUAAGCGUGAAAUGGGGCCACACCGGCAAAACAAGCUCCUACUUAAAAAAGGAAAGCUCCGUAGUACUCCGUUUGCUGCCGCCCGAGCUGAAACCACACAUUGGGUCAGAGGAAGAAGUCCUCGACGUCGCUGCCAUCAGUUUCUGCGUCGACAUGAAACCCAAGGGAGAACUACUGGCACGCACUAACUUCACAAAGGUGCGCACGCUUCUCGGCCUGCACUGCGACGUAGAGCCUGAAGCCUGGAGCCUGACAGUGCUGCAGCAGGCCGCGCCCCGCCUGAAGGCCCUGCAGCUGGUGUCGCCGCAGCAGCAGCACCUGGACGCGGCCCUGGCGAUGCCGCUGCUCGAGGGCCUCUGCGUGUGCAACGUGACGGGGCCGCAGCUGCAGCAGGUGGUCCGGAUGGCGUCGCUGCGCCGCCUGGAGCUGCACUGCCCGCCGGACGCCCCGCUGCCGGUGCUGGCGUUCCCGGGGACUGCCGCGGGGCUGCGGUGGCUGCGCUGCGGCGUGCACCCGCUGGUCACGGCGCUGGCCCUGUUUCAGUAUUCCUAUCUCAUCCAUGGAUUCAACAUGACGCAGCCUUUGGUCAAGAGGAUAAUUGGAUUCCUACUCAUCACAUCAAUGGGUAUCACUGUAUCUUCUUGA